AUUGUUGUACAGGCCGGACAGAUUCAGCAACAGGUAUGGAAGUGAAACUUCUUUAAAUGUCACAGCAAUGAAGCUGAUAACAGCACUACUCAAUGGGGGAAUUCCUUCAGAGGCACCAGAUCUUAUAAAUGAUGAGUCUGAGGACUUGUGCUAAUGAAGUGCUUUUUGAAGAUUGAAUUUGUUGUCAUUUCUCUCCUGUUUUCUGUGUUCAGAACUCUAUCCAGCCUGUGACCAUUGAGAAUUUGCUCUUCAUGGGAGCUUGGUUUAAUACUAAAUUGCCCCUUUUUAUCUUACCAAAAGUCAAAACACCUAGUCUGUUUUCAGAUGGAAAUUCGGAGUUUUUGUUUUUUCUGGAUUCAAUUUGGUUGUUUCUCUUCUUGAUUAAGCUAGUGAGUGAUCUACUAAGGUUUUGACCACAAUACACAAACCAGGAUAGUCAGCGUCCAAGAAAUCCAGCUCUUUGAUUUGAUCCACCACAGUACUUAUUCUGAAAAGUUCUAGUUUACCAUGAGGAUAGUAGUUAAACAGCCGCUCUUUUGGAUAAACACACAUUAGAAAGGAGUUCCCUGCUACUGGUUUAUUCUUAGUUAAAUGGAUAGCUUUCUUGAAUUUAUACACAGCUUACAUUUUCUGGUGCUUUAUAUCCAGCUUCAUUUUAGUGAAACUUUCCUUGUAUUUCUCUCUAGAAGAAAAAUUAUCAUGUAUCAAUAUAACCUUAGGCCAAGACUGGAAAUAUUUUGUUUCCAAAAUGGAUGUUAGAUAUACAGAAAAGUAGUUUGUAGGGAGGGCAAAGGAAAUUUUGAUAGUGAGUUCUUCUAUCUACUGAUCAAGGGAAGGAGCUACUCUUGAUUAAUAGAGUAAUUAUUUAAACUCUUUUAUUUGUCUUUCCUUCCAUACAGCUGCUGUGGCUCUGGCAGCUUCUUUCAACUGCCUUCUUUGUAAAAGGGAUUCCACAAAGGGCCUUCCAUUCACACCAGUGCCCUGCAGCAGGGUGGUGUCACUGCUGUCCAGUUGCAGACUGAGGCCCAGGUGGCAUCGGCCUCAGGCCAGCAAGUCCAGACCCUCCAGGUAGUCCAGGGGCAGCCAUUAAUGGUACAGGUCAGUGGGGGCCAGCUGAUCACAUCAACUGGCCAACCCAUCAUGGUCCAGGCUGUCCCUGGUGGACAAGGCCAAACCAUCAUGCAAGUACCUGUAUCUGGGACACAGGGUUUGCAGCAGAUACAGUUGGUGCCACCCGGACAGAUCCAGAUCCAGGGUGGGCAGGCCGUGCAGGUUCAGGGCCAGCAGGGCCAGACCCAGCAGAUCAUCAUCCAGCAGCCCCAGACAGCUGUCACCGCUGGCCAGAGCCAGACACAACAGCAGAUUGCUGUCCAGGGUCAGCAAGUGGCACAGACUGCUGAAGGGCAGACCAUCGUUUAUCAGCCAGUUAAUGCAGAUGGCACCAUUCUCCAGCAAGUUACAGUCCCUGUUUCAGGCAUGAUCACCAUCCCAGCAGCCAGUUUGGCAGGAGCACAGAUUGUUCAGACAGGAGCCAACACCAAUACAACCAGCAGUGGACAAGGGACUGUCACUGUGACACUACCAGUGGCAGGCAAUGUGGUCAAUUCAGGAGGGAUGGUCAUGAUGGUACCUGGUGCUGGCUCUGUGCCUGCUAUCCAAAGAAUCCCUCUACCUGGGGCAGAGAUGCUCGAGGAAGAGCCUCUCUAUGUGAAUGCCAAACAGUACCACCGCAUACUUAAGAGGAGGCAAGCCCGAGCCAAACUAGAGGCAGAAGGGAAAAUUCCAAAGGAAAGAAGGAAAUACCUGCAUGAGUCUCGGCACCGUCAUGCCAUGGCACGGAAGCGUGGUGAAGGUGGACGGUUUUUCUCUCCAAAGGAGAAGGAUAGUCCUCAUAUGCAGGAUCCAAACCAAACAGAUGAAGAAGCAAUGACACAGAUCAUCCGAGUGUCCUAACCCCAGGCCACGUGAUGGAGCUGAUCAAGGUCAUGUUCCUCGCCACUAUACCAGGAAAUUGAUCACUUCUUCCGAUGGGACACUGAUGAUCACAUUCUGCCCUUUUCUACAGGACAGAAACCCACUUAGUUUUUAAUAAGUGGCUCAGUAUUGUAAUUGCAGUGGUGUCUGGCAAAUUGAACUUGCAAGGCUUUGUCUCACCCUUCAGUCAGGACCUAUUUUAGACUGUUGAUGGCAUUGACAUUUCAUGGACUAGGAUGAUGCAAAGGACUCAUGCCAGCACAGCAGUACCACACACAGCACUUAGAUGCUGACUGGUGAAGCCAGCUAGUUGUCUCAGCAGGGACGAACAACCUUCUCCAGCUAAACUGCAAUCAGGGAAGCUGCAGCCCACUCCUUCCCGUGGAAUCUAAACACCAUCCUCCAUCCUUCUGACAAGGGAUCUCAGGCUAUGUGAAUGGACACUUUGUAUUCAGAGAUGACUUCUGGGCAUGGAAGUUCCAUCUCGUAAUAUGGAAAUAAUAAAUUCUCUGAGAUACAUUCAUAUAAUCUGUGGUAAUAAUAAGAAUUUCUGUUUGCCCAGAUGAUAGGUUGGUAUUUUUAGACUCCAGCGAAGGAAAAGCUAAUUCUGGGAAUAGAAUGAUAAAAGAAUCAAGCAUUAAAAACAAUAAUUGCUGAAUCUUUUUUAGCUUUGACCAGUUGUGAUCUGCUUGUCCAUCUGUUGACAGGUCAUCUGGACCAUAGUUCUUACUAUGGUUACUUUAAUACAAUUUAGAAGGUAUUGGACCUUGAAACUUUCUAAGUAGAGAACAAAACAAUACAACUGUGCUGAAGUGCUGAGGACAUUUGUAGUAACUCCUAAACAGAGAGGCAAACUAGAGAUUUUCAAUCAGAGGCUUGGUGACAACAUUUGGAAAACAGAAGGGUUUAUGUGUUUCAGUCUAGAAAAAGAGUAGUAUAUACACCCAUGUGUUGUCAUAUAGCAUGAUUCUUCAGUGGAUGGAUUCCUAGGAUGGAUCAUUAAAAUGAAGAGAAUACAUUUACACUAUAACCUUUUAACAACGGAAAGUAGAAGUCUGAGAUUUGGUCCUUGACAAUUUCUGGAAAGCACUGUUCGAUCAAGCUGUCCUGGAUGGUCUCCAGGUUAUCUGCUCAAGCUUAUGGUGGAUGUUGGCUUCACUCCUGCAACGCUUUGUGCUGGCCCCAGAAAACGGACAUACUCAUGCUUCCCAUGGCAGCUGACUCAGUGCCAGUUUCCAUUUGCUUCCCCCCUUUCUCCAUAUGCCUUGUGCAGGAAAGUUUUCACAUUGCAUCUACAUUCUGGGGACAAAUUAAAGACUGGAAAUAGAGGUGCCUGUAGGGAAGGGAAUUGGGCCACAGUUCCCAGAAUGGGUUGUGCCUCAUUUCUUUUCUAGAUGUUGAACCCCAGUAGAAAUAUAUUUCAGAAGAGUUUCUGCUUAUCGUGAAAACAAAAGGAAAAUUAUUUUGAGGAACGUUUGGGUUUGACUUAAAUACCAAGAGUAAAGAUUGGGUCUUUUUAUAUUUUACUCUGAUUGUUUUAAGAGAGAGAAAAUACUUAACUCUCUAAAGGAAACAUCACAAAGGGAAAGCAUUGUAAUGGUAGAAAUAGAGGGACAGAGCUAUGCAAAGAAAGCAGGAAGUGAAGUAUCUUUCUAGUUCCUGGAAUCCAGUCAUCUGGCUUCCAGAUGUGGGGGAGUGGAGGGGUUGAUUCUUUGGUAGGCUCACUAGAAACUUCUGGCUCUAUAUGAGUUUUAGAUGUUAACUUUAUCCAGUAAUCCCCAAAUUUUUCAGAUGAUAGAUUACUAAAAACAAAGGAAUUUCUAUCCCUUGGUUUGUUUAAGAAUCUUUAAGGUACAGAGUUCAGAAAGAUUCCUCAGACCUAAUUUCUAGUACUUAAGCCAAUAGCAAUUCUAAAAUGCUAUUUAUUUGUGUGUGUAAGUUUGUACAUAGUGAUUCCAACCUUAUUGUAGCAGAAUUACUUCUUCAUGCAUUUGAGUUUUGUUUAAAAUUAAAUGCUUCAGUUGUCAUUUUGUCAUUGCAUUUCAGCUAACUCAUGACCCUUUUAUUGUGGUCAUUUUAGCACACCGUAAUAACCCACAAAGUUGGGGGGGGUUGAGGUUUGGAUUUUUUCUUUAUUUGUUGCCAGAAGUUCUUUUAUUCAUAUAUCCUUGUGACUGUAGUGAUGACUUCUAGAUGUAGAAAGAGUGAAUGGAUGAGUGAAUAAUUGGUUUAAUACAUAGUUAUUUCACUUCUUGAGUGCUUUUUUUUGCAGGAUAAUUGUAAGUGUAUAUAUUUUAAUUGUACUGGUACAUUGAACAUGUCAGUGUCUAUACCACUGGACCAACAUUUUUGGCUAUUGAGUGCCUGAUAAUAAUAAUGUCUUGAUUUUCCUUUGGGACUCAAUUAUAUAUAUUUUUCCCCUCAGCAAUAGGGGGAGUACAGGCGAUUUGAUCAUUGAUGUCAUUGCAAUUGUUAUUUUUUAAAAUAAAUUUAUAAAAAUACUAAAAAGUGAUUUGAAUUUUGAGACGUCUACAUCUCUUGGGUUCUAGGUUGUUUAUAAUGUUGAAAUUGAUCUCUGUAGACAGACAUGUGUAGUGUCCAGGCCUCUUAGCUAUCUCUCCUUUUAAUCUCUUUUCCUUCCCUUUUGGCCUUCUUACCCUGCUGACAAGUAUUUUGUCACUUGUGGGCUGAUUAUAUAUUUGGUCUUACUACUGGAAGUGUUAAUCAAAAUGCAAAGAAGUAAUUCCUUGAGUAAAAUUAGCCCUCCAAAACAGCAUUGAUUUAUUAGGUGGUGUAGAACUAUAGUGAAAAUAAAAUUUUUAGAUUUUUUUA